AAGAAAAAGACAACUCCGACAAAACACAGUCCAAGGGAACAACCCCAACAGCAGAUCAUCAUAUUUAUUCUUCUUCUUCACCAAAAACCCUCACCAAAUUCAGUCGCAUCAAAUUUUCCACCCACUGAUUUCCCUCGUAAUCAUCAUGGCCUCAAAUGGUUCUCCACUUGGAGACGCGGAUACGAAAUCGAGCUUGGAGAAGAUCAAAAGGCAGCUGGCGUCGAGCUCCGGUAGAAAUCUACUCCAAGGGCCCCUCCUCAAGCGAUCCGAAACGCUGAGAAAGUGGAACGAGAGGUGGGUGAUUCUAGACCCAACAACUGGGAAGAUGGAGUACAAGGUCAGGAGAAAUGAGCCAACAGUCAAAGGCACCAUGAUAUUUGAUGCUAACAGCACUAUAACAAUUUCUCCUGUGAAUUUCCAUGGACUACCGAAGUAUGACGGCUGUUGUUUCUAUAUAGGGACACCACAGAAAAAAGAUUAUUUCCUUUGUGCAGAAACUCCUGCUGCUGCUAGAGCUUGGGUGUCUACUCUACAUGCGACUCAACUGGUAUUGAAGGCUCAUAAAGAGGCAGUUAAUACCUUAAGUGGAAAUGGAUCCACAAAGCUGGGAACAGUUGCCACUGUUGUUGCCGCUGCUAAUUCAACAGCCCUGGAAGCUUCUAAAGAAAUUGAAGCUGCAUUGCAGAUUUCCAUGCAAAAUGCUAUAGGAGCUAUGUUGAAUAGGACGACUGAUUUUCCUAUGGAUGAUUUGUCAAUCAUGAAGGAAACCCUGAGGGUGAAGGAUGAAGAGCUGCAAAAUUUGGCAAGGGAUGUUCGUGCUAGGGAUUCAACGAUAAAGGAAAUAGCAGAGAAACUAUCUGAAACUGCUGAAGCCGCGGAAGCUGCAGCAUCUGCUGCUCAUAUGAUGGAUGAGCAAAGGAGAAUCGCUUUUGCAGAGGUCGAACGCCUAACAAGAGAUUCAGAGAAACAACUGGAGUCGUCAAAACUGAAGAUAAGAGAAUUGGAAGAAAAAGUGCUGCACCUGAGCAAAGAAAAAGAUCAGCUGUUAAAACAAAGGGACUCAGCCAUUCAGGAGGCACACUUGUGGCGUUCAGAGCUAGCAAAAGCUAGAGAACGUGCUGUGAUAUUGGAAGGAGCAGUUGUGCGAGCCGAGGAGAAGGUCAGAGUUACAGAGGCUGAUGCUGAAACUAGAAUAAAGGAAGCAAUGGAAAAAGUUUCAGCUACUGCCAAGGAGAAACAAGAACUACUUGCUUAUGUAAAUGCAUUACAAGAGCAGCUCAAAAGGCAGCAGGUGGAAACCCGGCAAGUCUUUGAGGAGAAGAACGAAUCUUGCUCAAGUGGAGGUGGUGAUUUACCACUAACAAAACAUGUAGAUCCAUCGCAAGAAAAUGUGGACAAGGCGUGUCUGAGUGUCUCAAAGGCAACACCAGUUCCUGCAGAGAAUGUAGUUCAUCUUGCAGUCGAACAGUCGGAUCUCCAUUCUAUCAGGGAGAGCGAAUGGAGCGAUAUCCAAACCACUGAGGCUAGGAUUGCUGAUGUUAGAGAGGUUGGCCCUGCUGCAGAAGGUAGGAGCCUUGAUAUUCCUGUGGUACCUUUCCCCGUCAAUGCGCAGCAGCAGGAGCAUGGCUCCUCCAAUCAGCCUUAGAGAUUUUCAUGCGAUUAUCAUUUCACUGGAUGCCGGUUUCAUAUGGGAUCAUAAGCUCAGCAACACGAGGAAGCACCAAUAAUCUUAGUGCAUGUUUCACUCACAUUUUGUGUCUCCUUGUUUCUGUGAUAAAUGAUUUUAUGAUUGAAUAGUAAAUGUUUCAAAUUUAGGGAUUUUCGGAUAACUCUUGUCUGAUAUCUGUUGAGUGCAAAUAUCGUGAUAAAGAUGUAAUAUAAAUUUCAUUGUAUAUGUAUUACUUGAUUGUUC